AUGAGCACGCGACAGAAGUCUAAUGAGUUGAAGCUUCUGCGCAUAUGCGGAACAGAGAGCGCGAGAGAGUCCCACAGACUUCGGUUAUUGACAACCAGUAAAUCAAGUAGUAAAAGCAGAUGCCAACUUAACUUUGAAACUUGGGGCAGUCUGAGGCAGCGUACUUCUACUAGUUUGAUGUUUUCCCCUUGGUGGGAGAUCUUUGUCUCAAAUGGAUCCUCUCCCUCGGGCUUCCUGGACAACAGUAGCUGCUUCAGCUCCAACCAGAGCACCGUCCUCAAUGGACUCAAAUUCGGUGGCGUACCACUGGUCCUCUUGCUCGACUUCUGUGUCUUUAUUGUGUUGCUGAUCCUCUUCUCGACUAUCAGGGAGACGUUCUGGGAUUAUGGCCGCUUAGCUUUGGUUGCAGACAAUGAAGGGUUCAAUGAGUCAACACACCGUCGCUACGGACAUAUGUCGUCCAUUUCCUCCAACGUGGAUGACCCUGAGUACGAAUCAGGGUUCUGUUCCUGGCUGCCUUACAUCCUCAGAAUGGACGAAGAAAAGAUUAAAGAGAGAUGCGGCAUGGACGCUGUUCACUACUUGUCCUUUCAGCGUCACCUGAUUAUCCUGCUGGUCGUCAUCACCGUCACCUCCCUCGCAAUUAUACUUCCUGUGAAUAUGACUGGAGACCUGCUGAGAAGUGAUCCUCAGAGUUUUGGACGGACAACCAUUGGGAAUCUUAAAUCUGGAAAUGACCUUUUGUGGCUGCACACUGUGUUUGCGGUUCUUUACCUGACGCUCACAGUGGUGCUGCUGCGGCUCCACACAUCUCAAAUGAAAGGCAUGCGCAGAGAGACGGCCAGAAACACGCUGUUUGUGUGUUCAGUCCCUAAAACAGCAACAGAAGAAGAUAUAAAGACCCACUUCAUAGAUGCUUAUCCAUCUUGUCAAGUGUGUGCUGUCACUUUGGGGUAUGAUGUUGCCAAACUCAUGCAUCUUGAUAAGGAGAGGAUGCGAGCUGGAAAAAACCUGCGCUUCUAUGAGCGCAUCCUGGAAAAAACGGGAGAACGGGAGCUGUUCAACCCCCGUUUAUGUGGCCACUUGUGUUGCUGCUCCAACUGCGAGAAGGUUGACGCUAUAGAGUAUUACAGCGCAAAAGAAAAAUAUCUGCUGGAGGAAGUGAGGCAGCAGGCAGAAGUAGUGCCACAGCACCCCCUGGGGAUCGCUUUUGUCACCUUACAGACAGAAGCUAUGGCCAAGUACAUUCUGAAAGACUUCAAUGCGCUCAAAUGUGGCGGAACAAGCUGCUGCUGUGGGGGGGAGGUCCAGCCCUCAUCCAGAAGCAAGAUUCUGAAAGUGAACAAGUGGCGGGUCAGCGUAGCGCCACAUCCCAAAAGCGUGUAUUGGGAAAACCUUUCCGUGCAUGGUUUUGGCUGGUUCUUUCGCUAUGUGAUGAUCAACUUCUUCCUUUUCUUCCUGCUCACGUUCCUGACGACUCCCACCAUCAUUAUUAACACCAUCGACAAGUUUAAUGCGACUAAGUCCAUCGACUAUCUUAAUAGCCCCAUCAUCAGUCAGUUCUUCCCAACUCUCCUGCUGUGGUCCAGUGAGCAGCUAAGCAUGAUGCACAAAUUAUACUUCUUCCUGCUCUUCAUGGUCCUUAUUCUGCCCUCGCUUGGACUCACCAGUCUCGCAGUGUUUUUCCGCUGGCUGUUUGAUAAGGAGUUUCUCUCUGGUGGGAAACUGAGGUUUGAGUGCGUGUUUUUGCCAGAUCAGGGGGCAUUUUUCGUCAACUAUGUAAUUGCAGCUGGCCUUGUGGGCUCUGGGAUGGAGCUGUUGCGCUUGCCAGGAUUACUGCUCUACACCAUCCGUUUGAUGCUUGCUCGUUCUGCUGCUGAAAGAAAAUAUGUCAAACAGAACCAAGCCUAUGAGUUUGAAUAUGGAGCCAUGUACGGCUGGACUCUCUGUGUUUUCACUGUCAUUAUGGCUUACAGCAUCAUUUGUCCUAUAAUUGUCCCUUUUGGUCUUCUUUACAUGCUGCUUAAGCACAUGGUUGACAGACACAACCUGUACUUUGCCUACCUGCCCACUCGCCUUGACCGCCAGGUGCACCUGGCAGCUGUCAAUCAAGCUCUGGCUGCUCCAAUCAUCUGCUUAAUUUGGCUUUACUUCUUCUCUGUCCUCAGAGCAGGUUUCUUGACCUCCACGUCUCUGUUCACCUUGGUGGUGCUCUGUGUCACGGUCCUCAUCUGUAUCAGCGUAAGCUGCUUUGGCCAUUUCAAGUACCUUAGUCCUCACAACUACGAGGUCAAAGAGGAGGAUGAGGACAAAGUAGAGGGAGUGGAAGACAAUACCAGGGUUUACCUUCCCAGAGUGCUCAAUCCCAAAUCUCCUGUCAGUACCCCACAGGCAUCUCAACAGGGGCAGUUUUAUGGCUCGAUGGAGGAAAGCCCAGCUCUCAGCUUCAGCCCAGUAGAGAGCAGCACAUCGGAUCCUUGACUUCACGUAUUUCAGUUAAAGCUUGCAAGCUGAAAUGGCUGUGACCCCUGAUCAUAAAUCUCCGUCCUUCACAAGUCUGAACUUGAAGUUUCCCCGUGAGUCCAACUGAAACUGCCAUAGCUCUCUUCAACCACACCCAAAUUUCCAUAAUUUCUGCACAGAGAAAAACUCAGGGUGUUAAUCUUAAAAUCUUCUUAACAGCGAAAAUGGUUAGAAAUUUGACAGCACAUUUAAAUAUUCCUUUUGUGCUGCAUAGAAACGAGACAUGUUUAUGAUUUUAAAGCACACUUCUCUGAUAAGGACAAAUUGAUCGUUCACCAAAAAUUGCCACUUCGAUCAAGCCAUAAUGUUUUUAAGUAAUGUUGGAAUUAUUUGUUUUGCACACACCAAUUAUCCAGCCUGAACAAUGGACACCAAAGACCUGGACAUGCACCACUUGGUGGAUGUCAGCCAGUUUAGAUUCUUACACAGUUUUUUUAUAUUAUUGUAUUACAAAACACCUGCCAAGGGAAUAAUUUCAUAAUGCACUUUUUGUGUCUUCCUAGUGUUUGCUCAAAUCCCAAAUCAAAAAAAGAAAUAUAGAUAUUGCUUGUGUAAUUAUAGAGGAAAGCAAAUAUUUCUUUUAUUUACACGGGGUUAAAGGGUAAGGGGUUAAAACCAAGUUUGUUUUUGGUCCUUUUUAACUGCUUUUUUUCCACUUUUGCUGAAGCAAUGAUCUUAUCUGUUUACAAAAGUCAGAUGGUGAUUCUGUGCUAUUAAUGAACAGAUGUUUGAAACAGGUCAACAGGUAUUUUUACUGAAUGUUGGGAUUUUGCAGCUUUUAAAAAAUAUACAUUUUGCAGGGACUAACCUUAAAAGAAAACUUGUUACAAAAUUGUUCAUUCUUUUAAAAAAAAAAAGUCAUUAUAAAUGGACUUUAUAAAUGCCCAACUUGGUGUCUGUAAGCUUUUCUUGACUUCGGGGGGCACUGUUGCGCUGCUGUGAGGAAAUGGAACCUUUGAAAUAUUUAUAAAGCUGCAACAAAAAGGUCAAACACACAAUGUUGCACUGAGGAUUUCUAACUUCUUCUGACAUUGGUAUGAGCCAGUUUACCGGGUGACAAUUCCAAAAGCUCCACCUCCUCACCUGAUCCUACGCCAUUGUCUCCUUUUCUGUUCCCUUUCCCUUUUCUUCCCCUGGUGCCCUUUUCCCCUUUCUCACCACGGAACCAGCUUCUGCUGGGAAUCA